AUGUCUUUCAUAAGGAGUGCUUGAAUGACUGGGCCAGCCGCAUGGCUCCGAACACCGCCCCUGCAGGGUACAAGUGUCCAGUGUGUUCCUCACCUGUAUUUCCCGCCCCGAAUUUAGUGUCACCAGUUGCUGAUCGUCUACGAGAGAUAAUUUCCAUCUAUCCCUGGGCACAGACUGGCCUCGGCUUGCCUUUGAUUAAAGAAACACAAAAUGAGGGAACAUACCAUCAAGAUUGGAGUGCUGUCAAUGGUAGUGUCAUCUCUGAGUCUGAGAAUCAGGACAGUGCCAUUGUUGACGCUUCCUUAUUAGCAAGUAAGAAGCCAAAGACGGAAACAUUUAGACCGCAGACUCAGAUUCAUUCCCAAGGACUCAGCAGCAGUACCAGUACUGUGAGCGGAGGUAGCAACAACAAUGUUCGUGUCACAUCCAUGGAAGAUCCUCUAGUCACUCCUUCACAGUAUAGAGGUGAAGGCCAUAGUAAUUUAAGUAGUGUUGUACGUAAAGGCUCUUCCUCAGAGACACGCCUCUUAUUUAACACUGAUGGUGAUGCUGAUGAUGAGGAAAACAAGUAUAAGAGAAGAUCAGCUAUUGAAUGGUUCAGCAGGUGGUGGAGAACAAUGAGCCGUCCAUCAUCACGACACCACCAAAGGCUGCUUGGAGGAAGUCGACGAAUGGUCAUGAUCCUUGUCCUAUUGGCUGGAGCCACCCUGCUUGUGAUCCUGUCAUACUUUAGCCAUGGAGCAUCUGAUGACGAUCCUCUCUUAGAUCCAUUCAAUAACCCAAAUAUUCGUAUUGAGGGAGAGUAAGUUUGUAGGUGGUGGUGGUUUUCUGAAUGCAGAAGUGUAGGUACACUAAAACUGCACCUCUGUUGGGACAGUUAUUAGCCAAAAGUGUCCUUUCAGUGCUAAAAUGUGUAUGUUUUUAGUUGCUGUUAUAUGAUAAAACAGAAAAAAAAAAUUAUAGACAUUUUGUAACCAAAGACCCACUUUUUUUUUUUUUUUUUUAUUUUUUUUUGGGGGGGGGUCUUCAUAGACAUAAUUACUUUUAACCCCCACUUGAAAUUUUCUUGGACAAGAAAGGCACAAAUUUAUAUGUGGGUCUGUUUUCUGGCCAUUCAUCCCAUGCAAUUGGUAAUAUCAAGUAGAAGGGGUUUCAUAUUUGAUUUAUGUAUAUUUAUAUUCUUUUCUCUUAAAUUUUGUUUGGCAGUUUUCACAUCCCUUUGAGGGUUGAAUUUUAUUGUUUCAAAUGUAACUAUGCAGCUUUUCAUGGGAAAAUAAACCCACAAGCAAUCUUCCAAAAAAUGUUUCCCUUUUGGAAGUAAAUUAUACUGCAAUUCUUUUGUAGGGAGAGUUGCUAUGAUUAAGAAAGUUUCCAGAUAUAUUUCAUUAGAUGUAUCUUUAAACUACUGUAUAAACUGCAUUGGUUUUAUUGUUGAGUUAUGUUUUAGUUAAUGUGUUUUUAUUUUAUUUAAUGUCAAUGGAGAUAGGUUAUUGUUGAUUAUAUUGUUUUGUGCUUAUUAUUGGUAGAUCUGAUAAGUCUCCUAUUUUUGGUUUGAGGAAAACUAUUACUCAAACAUUACAUACAAAUAGAAAAAAAUAGUAAAACUAAAAUGUUUGCAGGGACCAUGGGAUUUUUCUUUUUCUUUUCCCUCUUAAUGCUUUACAUUAGAAAGGUGUGGAAUCAGCAAUGAUUAGAAGAAAAUGCUCUCUGACUUCUGGUCCAGUUGUGGCUCAUGUUCCACAAAGCACAUAUAUGAUAAUACCAGUUGCUUCAGGAAAUGUUGGCCAAAAAUAUACUGCGGGGAUCUUGCAUAAUUUUUUGUUGACUUUUUGCUUAGAUUUUUUUAAUGUAUGCAAGAUAGAGAGAGAGGGAGAAGGAGGGAGGAAGGGUAAAUUUGUCCCAUUACUAAGGUGAAAAGCAAAGAUACAAUAUUGCAAUAGUAACAAAUGCCAGGGAAACAUAAUAUUGUAUAUUAGCACUACUGAAUUAUUUAUUUUCAAUGAAUAUGGAUAACAACAAAAAUAAAUUUAUUGACAUGAUUUGUAGAAGACUGUGUGGUACCUGUCGGAAAAAUCACCGGAUUACACCCUAAAACAAUAUUUCAUAAGCAAUUUACACCAGAAAGGGUUGUCACUGUCCUCUUUUUUUUGGGUUUGUUUGUUUGUUUGCCCAAUACCACCUAAAGUUCAUUAAUUUACAGAUUUAGUUUAUAUAUACAGUCUCUACAUACAACAAAUCCUUGCAAUCCAAAAGAAUUUACCGAAGAAUUUGGAUUGAAUAGACCAUAAGGAAGGUUUCUGAGACUUUGCAUCAUUUUGGCACAUAUAUAAUGCUAGAAAGUAUAUGAUAGCCAUACGUCAAAGUCAUGCAGAUAUAUUUCCUUUUCUUAAGAAUAAUGCACUCAUUCCUUGGAUGAUACGUACGAUAGAAGCAAGAACUUUGGGUGCUGUUCUUGCCCCAUUGGAACCAAGUCCCUAAUAUUUAUCUGUAAAAGAAAUAAGAUGUAAUAAGGGAGUGGCUUGAUGAAUGUUGAAUUGAAAUCAAGCUGAUAUAGCUCCAGUUGAAAACCUGUGCAGUUAGAUAAAAUGCAAGUUAUGUAAUCAUGAAACCACCUCUAUUCCAAGUUUUACAUAGUGAUUGCAGAAGUGUGGAUUAACAACUAUUUAAAGUGCAUUUGAUUGUCACUUGAAAAUUACACAUUCCUCAGGAAGUGCCCACUGUUUUGCUUAUAUUGUACUUUAUCCUUUCUUCUUCUUCUUCCUCCUCCUCUUCCUCUUUCUCUUUCUCUUUCUCUUUCUCUUUCUCUUCUUCUCUUUCUCUUUCUCUUUCUCUUCCUCUUCCUCUUCCUCUUCCUCUUCCUCUUCCUCUUCCUCUUCCUCUUCCUCUUCCUCUUCCUCUUCCUCUUCCUCUUCCUCUUCCUCCUCCUCCUCCUCCUCCUCCUCCUCCUCAUCUCCCUGUUUCAUAUCCCUAAAAAUUUGCAUCUCUACAUUGGACAUUUCAUCAGAUCUAAAAAAUUAGUGACAGUGAUGGUCUUUAGUGCAAGACUUUACAAUAUGUAGUUUAUUGCAUCUUUGUAAAUAUUUUUAAAAAGUAUCUUUUGGGGUAUAAAACCUGCCCAUAUGAAAACACUGAAGGGUUUGUUAUAGAAAAAAUAUUGGAACCCACAAGAGUGUUAACACUGAGUGUGGUUAGAUUUUUUUAACAGAAAGAAUGUAAAGGUUGUUCAGUUAUUUGUAAUAUGGAGUAAAGUUUUUUUUCCCAGUGCAAUAAUUAUGUUAUCAGAAGAAUUCAACAAGCAUUGUAGCUACAUACCUUUGAGUAAGUUGAUCAUUCAGUAUUCAUCCUUGUUACUUUUUUAAUGGAAAUUCAUUUACACUUAAUUUUUUAUGAAUGUGUCUGAAUGUUUGUAUGUUUAGGUUUCAUCUCAUUUAUUUAUUAUUUUUAAAUGCAAUAACUUCUCUUGAAAAAUAUUGUUUGAAUAUUUAUAAAAUUAUUUGCUUUGAUAUCAUUUUCCCAAAAAUUAUUUUUAUGUGAAAUGCAUGUACAUAAUAAUUUUGGUAGCAUGACAGUUCAUCUUUCACAAAGAAAAAGAGUUAUGACAGUUUUAAGAAUAGAAUAGACUAAAAUGUCUGAUAUGUCGGGUUUCUUUCAUCUUAUCCAAUUAUCUAUGUAUAUAUUGUAUCAAAAAAUCAUAGUAUGCCAGAAGAUAUACAAAACUAUUUAAUGAAAUAUAUGUUUUAAGGUUU